AUGUUUGAAGCUGCAGCUCGUCUCCAGGCCCACAACCAGGAAAUGGUUAAGUGCCUCAGCACCUUGAGGGAACAGCGCCAAAAGUUAGCCGAUAAAGUCGUUAGCCAGGAGCAGUCUCGUGCCCUUUUGGAAGGAGAGAUUGCUGCUUUGCGGCAGCAACUGGCCGUCCUGGACGAGCAGUUGGAAAAGAAUCGUAAAAAAUUGACGGAUCAGGAACUAAAACUGAUGGAUGCUGAAUCCGGCUAUAAUAAAGUUGUCGAUACGAUGCAGAUCCUGUUGAUGUCGGUUCGGAAAGAUGAAAAGGAACUUUUGAAAGCGGAGGACGAAGAUGGCAAAAAAGGAGUAAAAAAAGUCGGAUAG